GGAUUCAGCAAAUAAGACAUUUAAUGUUCCCCAAUUUACCUUGCAACAGAAUUUAAAGAUAAUUAGUCCCAUAAUAAUAAUUUAAAAUUUCCAAACCCAAAUAGAAAAUAGAAUUAUUAUGAGCACUGUUGUAGAUAAUAAUAAGGUGGAUAAUCGACCAAAUGUAUCUAUACUAUAUAACAUUAAAAAUAUAGCUGGAAUCUCACCUAUAUCGACGAUGUAUAAAUGUAACAAAGACUUGUUUUCAUCAUCCAAAAUAAAUGGCAAAAUGUUAAAGAUAGCCAACAUUGUGAA